AGGAAACUGGAGCAAUAGAUUUUUGUGCUUUAGAGAGAGAACUGCAGGCUGCAGUUGCUGCUGAUGAAAAGUAUCAAAGAGAAAACGAUGCCAAGUUCCGAGCCAUUCAUCAGAAGGUGGCAUCCUAUGAAGAAUUCAGAGAGCUGCAUGGCAUUCUCGGCGGAAACUCCCACCCCCAAGAGCUGUAUGGAUACUUCAGAGGAGUCAGAGUUACUGGCCCCCGGAGUGAACAGUGAGGAGGAGGUGAUGGAGGAGGAGGAGUAUGGGGGACAGAUGAUUGGGGGAUCCAGUCAUGCAGCGAGCCAGGACCUCUUUUUGACUCCAGAGCAGUCGAGCCAGUCCCUCCAGACCAGCACAGGCGAGCCUGAGGCAAGGGAAGGAAUCUCUGCUGGAAAUGUGGCCUUGAGGGUGUUUUCGUCCACACCAGUGGAGCGGCUCAGCUGGAUAAGGAGGAGAAGGAAGAGGACAUGGGAUGACAUGUUCUAAGAGAUCCUGAAAGCCUCUGGUAUUUUGGAUACCGAGCACAGGGCUUGGAGAAUCGCCCUUGCAGACACUAUGGACAGGGAUAGAGUGGAGAGGAGAAAAGUACAGGAAAAGGAGUGAGAUGUGCAGCAGGAGAUGCUAGCGCUUCUCAAGCGGCACACAGACAUGCUGGAGACUCCUGUUGGCCUUCAGAUUCAACAAUCCCAUGCUCACCUCCUUCUGCAGCCCAUCAAGAACUGCAUUUCGGGACCUCCCUAAUCACCGCCCCUGCAUUCCAUGUGGCCUCUGGGGCUGCUACACAACCCCACCACUCCACCCAAGGGGGGAAUAUAGGCAAUCACAGCUGCACAUACACUGACCUGUGAGAGAGACUGUUGGUGUAUGUGUUUGUGAAAUAGAAAUGACUGUUCUUUCCCCUUCAAAAGUUCUUUCCCCUGUAUUUUUAAAGUUUCAUUCACUUAUAAAUAGGUCUGUUUGUAUGAGUUCGAAAUAAGUCUAUUUAUGGAAACGGAUAUUGUGCUGGCAUCACACCUGAAACCUCUAGAGAAAAAGGACAAAAUGGGAAAAAAGAAAAACCUUCUGUGGAAUUCCUAUGCUACCCAAGCUAACGGCAAGCAGGACAGAGAGAUGGAGCUAGCCCAGGGAUGGGAUGGACUCCCUGAAACGUCUGCAGACUUUUACAGAUAUUGGCGCAGAUGCUUGAAAAGUGGACAGGAAAAAUGCCAGUUCCUGUUUCAGCUCGGCGGCAAGGGCCUGGGCAGAAUCUUUCAAGCUGAUGUUGGCUUUGGUCUCCUGGGUGAAUUUCUUGUGGUGCUGGCCGAGCAUGCCUGUAGGGAAGACAGAGGAGCUGUCCUUCAGAUAUUACAGAGCCUUUCUGGGACCAAGCGCUUUGGACUAAACGUGGCUCUCCUGAGCCAGGUGGAGAAGGAUAGCUGCAGGGACUUGUUUGGGAAACUGCAGAGCAUGGGCAGGAAUUGUGGUGCUGAUGGCCUUCCUGAGGGCACAGCUGAAGCAGGUACAGCUGCUUUGCAGGAAGAGGAGAAUGAGGCUGAGAGAGAAACCCAUCUGAGGGGGGCUGGCCAGCAAAAGGAGGCAGACGACAGACUAAUUAAAGAGCUGGUGAAAUGUUACCUUGUUAGCUGAAGGAGCACAGGCUCUCCCUACAGCUCACACUCCACCAGGGUUACUAGGAGCUGAGGGCCAGGAGGGACCCUUCCUUUACUGCUCUGUCAUCAAAGAUGGAGGGACAGUGAGCCCCUUUUCUACAGAAAGUUGGUGAUUGAGUUUUACUUUGUACCUGCUUCACCUGCCUCAGAAGAAUGGCCUGGUACAAAUACAUAUUAGUCACCAAAAGGAUUAUACUGGGGGACACAGUCACACAGGAGACAACACUUGCUGUGAAUCAGUAGUACAGUUUUGAAUAUAGUGUUUGGGGAUGGGAAAAAUCACUCUAGUAUUAGUGGGAGAAGAUUAAUUCCCCUCUUCUCUUUUCUCUGGCUACCUGUU